UUCAUCCUCUGCAUUUCGAUGGUCGCAGAGUGGCUGAGAAAACACAGUGCUUUAUAAAAGGCAGGACAGCCAGUGAGGUUAUGUGCUAAAUGUGUGUUAACUCCAAGCCCUGGAGCCUGUAGGUGGGAUGCGAGCGUUGUCAAGGCGACAAGCUAGGGGGCGGGGCCUGGAGCAUCAUCUCAGAGAGCUGUAAGAGAGAGAGAGAGAGAGAGAGAGGGAGAGAGAGAGAUGCCUAUGCGAGUGAGGGGAGAUCGGAAACGCGCAGCAUCUCCUCCCGACGCUGGAGCACUACGCCUCCCAUCACCACUAGAAACAUGCAGACGGAUGGACAGACAUGCUGACGGAUUUAACAAGAUGAAUUCACACUGACAGUUUUGGAAAGAAAAAAAAGGAGGUUCUCGUUAAACAGUGACGAAACGCCGCGCUAUUUUAAGCCCAGGAGACUCGGAUCAGAGGCGCUGCGUUUGGAUGAAGAGAUCAGACCCGGCUAUUCACUUUCUCCUUGUUUCCUGUCAGCCUCAUCACACAGGCUAUCUAUCUCUGUAGACAGGAUUCCUGACAGCAACCUCAACAAAAACAAGUGGUAGUAAAAUGCUAGAUGCUUGAUAAAGGUUUUCAGUUCACAUGAGAAUAUUUGGAGUUUGGCAGUGAGAAGAAAACCACAGGCGAGGGAAGUACAGACUGUCCACUCCACACAACACGACACCUAAAUCAAGGAUUUCUGUCAUCUUCUGAUCAUCUCAUCAUCAGGACUCCCAAGCGUGAUUGUCUGCGUGACCAACCCGAUGAGGACAGUGCUGGGCAAUGGAACGUAACAGACUUUUUGUCUUUGACCUUUGCCCCAUCACAGCAACCUGCCAAGGCUGAGAUCACCACUGGCAACACUUUGUUCUCGUCUUUGUUCUCCUCCCUGUCCCUUCUGUUCACCUGACCCCCUGUUCCUGUCCUCUCUGUCCAUAGCAUCUUGUCUACCUAAAAAAGGUCACGCCUUUUACACUCUAUCCUGGCACUGUUCUAGUGGACAAUCACUUCACCUACCCCCUUCUUGAUUUGAAGGAUAAAAAACAGAAAUGCCAAAAGCAGUCAUGCGCCCACCACGCUGGUGCAAGCAGGACUGGGGCUGUGCCCACAGAUUGGACACUCUCAGCUGCGUUUACGUCCUGUGCGUAGCACUGUGGCUGACUCUGGGUGCGUGUCAGCGCUCCGAACCCAGCGCCAAACACCCAGUUGUCAGCACCAACUAUGGAAAGCUGCGUGGACUCAAAAAGGAACUGAAUAAUGAGAUAUUGGGCCCUGUGGAGCAGUACCUGGGUGUGCCCUAUGCCACACCGCCCAUUGGAGACCGCCGGUUUCAGCCCCCAGAGGCACCUGGCUCGUGGCCUGAAGUGCGCAACGCUACUCAGUUCGCACCCGUGUGCCCGCAGAAUCUCCACGGCGUGCUGCCUGAGAUCAUGCUGCCCGUGUGGUUCACUGACAGCCUGGACGUGGCUGCUACUUACAUUCAGAACCAGAGCGAGGACUGCCUGUAUCUGAACGUCUACGUGCCCACCGAGGAUGGUCCACUCACAAAAAAACAUGAUGAAUCUACAAUGAACCGGCCACGAGACGAAGAUAUCCGUGACCGCAGGAAGAAACCUGUCAUGCUGUUCAUUCAUGGCGGCUCAUACAUGGAAGGAACCGGAAACAUGUUUGACGCAAGUGUGCUGGCAGCUUAUGGCAACGUCAUUGUGGUCACCAUGAACUACAGACUGGGAGUGCUAGGGUUUCUCAGUACUGGAGAUCAGUCUGCUAAAGGGAACUAUGGGCUGCUGGACCAGAUCCAGGCUCUGCGCUGGCUGAAUGAGAAUAUUGGCCAUUUUGGAGGUGAUCCAGAGCGCAUCACCAUCUUUGGCUCAGGAGCUGGAGCCACUUGCAUCAACCUGCUAAUCCUCUCCCAUCACUCUGAGGGCCUCUUCCAAAGAGCUAUUGCCCAGAGCGGAUCAGCCAUCUCCAGCUGGUCCAUCAACUAUCAGCCGCUGAAGUACACCAAGAUCCUGGCGCGUAAGGUCGGCUGCUCAUACAGUGAGACAGCUGAUCUGGUGGACUGCCUGAGGAGAAAAAGCUUCAGGGAGCUAGUGGAUCAGGAUAUACAACCCGCACGCUAUCAUGUCGCCUUUGGCCCUGUGGUGGACGGAGAUGUGGUGCCUGAUGACCCAGAGAUUCUCAUGCAGCAGGGGGAGUUCCUGAAUUAUGACCUUUUGAUUGGUGUGAACCAGGGAGAGGGGCUGAAGUUUGUGGAUGAUGGUGGCUCAGAAAGUGAGGAGGGAAUUUCAGCUGCAGCCUUUGAUUACACUAUCUCCAACUUUGUGGACAACCUCUAUGGAUAUCCUGAAGGUAAAGACAUCUUGAGGGAGACCAUCAAAUUUAUGUACACGGACUGGGCAGAUCGUGAUAAUGGUGAAAUGCGCCGUAAGACCCUGCUGGCAUUAUUCACAGACCACCAGUGGGUGGCUCCAGCUGUGGCCACUGCUAAGCUGCAUGCAGAUUACCAGUCCCCGGUGUAUUUCUACACAUUUUAUCACCACUGCCAGACAGAGACACGGCCUGAGUGGGCAGACGCUGCACAUGGGGAUGAGAUCCCAUACGUGUUUGGUGUGCCCAUGAUUGGAGCAACGGACCUGUUCCCCUGCAACUUCUCCAAGAAUGACGUCAUGCUCAGUGCAGUGGUCAUGACCUACUGGACCAACUUUGCCAAAACUGGGGAUCCUAACCUGCCAGUCCCCCAGGACACCAAGUUCAUCCACACAAAGCCAAACCGCUUUGAGGAGGUCAUCUGGACUAAGUUCAACUCUAAAGACAAGCAGUACCUGCAUAUUGGCCUGAAGCCACGUAUCCGCGACAACUACCGUGCCAACAAGGUGGCCUUCUGGCUGGAGCUGGUGCCUCACCUACACAACCUGCACGAGGAACUCCUGAGCUCCAGUACCACCCGCUUGCCCCCACGGCCUCCGCACUGGAAGAGCCCUGAUGCCCGUGCCACACGCCCACCAUACCCCACCUUCCCUCCAGAUCCAGAUCCUGAGGGCUCAGAGAGGCCACGUUUUUCUCCGUUUCCUAGUGAUGCACGUGACUACUCCACCGAAUUGAGCGUCACAGUGGCAGUGGGUGCAUCUCUGCUUUUCCUCAACAUCCUGGCAUUUGCUGCGCUCUACUACAAACGAGAUCGGCGACAUGAGGCGCGGCGUCACCGCCUAUCCCCACAGAGUGGCAUGCCAGCUAACGACCUGGCACACAGCCAAGAGGAGGAGCUCAUGUCUCUGCAGAUGAAGCGCUCUGAGCAGCGUGACGUGGAGCCACUGCGACCAGCAUGUCCACCGGACUACACUCUGGCAUUACGGCGGGCACCAGAUGAUGUUCCACUUAUGACUCCCAACACCAUCACCAUGAUACCUAGCAGCAUUGCAGGCAUGCAGCAGAUCCACGCCUUCAGCGCUUUCCCCUCCACCACUGGCCACAACAACACAUUGCCUCACCAGCACUCCACCACCCGCGUAUAGUACUGCCCUCUUUUCCUGUCCCUUCUCCAUUCUUCUCUCUCAUCCUCCCUGGUGAAGAAGUACAAUGGGGCCUCCUGGUGGUCCUCUUAUAGACACACAUGAACAGCAAGAAUGAGCUGUAAAUGUUGGCAUUAGAGAAACUGCUUUUUCAGAUGAGACAAGGCUACAAUUAGCAAGGACACAUCCUUGUCCAUUAAUGGUGGCUUUGGGAUUUCUUCCCACAAUGCUCUAAGUGGAAAGGAAUAGUCCAUCAGGGAGAAAGUGACUGUAAUGAAUUGUCUGAUAUAUAUAUAUAUAUAUAUAUAUAUAUAUAUAUAUAUAUAAAUAGAAAGAGAGGAAGAGAGAAUGUUGGAGUUUUCUAGUUUUCUUGUUUUCUUUGCUCUUCCCUCUCUAGGCUGAAAGACUACAUUUAUCAGCCCUACAUUUCUUCUCUCAACAGAUUCCUCUAGUGUUUUUAUCUUUUUUGUCUUUACUCCCUCUAUUAUUUUUGUCUUUAUUCUCAUUGCACUACAUCUCUGUCCUCAUCAAAUCCUCGGAACAUGCUCUGUGACUUGGUGUUAUAUGCAGGGGAGUCCGUUUUAUACAAAACAUAUGUGUAGUAAGCAAAUGAUACACAACGACACAUGGUUCUGUUCUUUCUACCAGCAAUCUUGGUGCCAAGUACUAUAGUGUACCCCUGCAACAAGAUACAAAAAAACGUCUGAUAAAAUAACAACACUGAUCUGGCAACGGCAAGAAAGUUAAAAGUGCCAGCCUGAUUGCUCUCUAUCAUAUCUUUUUGUUGUCUUAUUUGUUUCCGUUUUUCAUAAGCGAAAUUAAGUGUCUUUCUUCUUGUAUAUAUAAAUCAGUGGCAAAGACUGACUGUUUAUCUACAAGUGCAAUGUUGGCCACGAUAGCACUGUUUUAACAAAUUACUUAACAUCUCUCUUACCUGCUUUGAUCUUGUCUACAACACCACUGUCUUUCUGGCCACUUGUGGUGUUACUCUGUUGUUCUUUCAUAUCAGUGUAGAAUUAUUGGUGCUAUUGUUUGAGGAAUGGCCACUGUAGAAGGCAGUAUUUUAUCUUCAGUAUACUAGUGAACUAUCAUAGUCAGAUGGAGUUGUUACACAUAUGAUGCAUGUGUGUAGCCAUUUCUCAGCUUGUGAAAUAGGGCUUGGAAAAAAUUUACAGUGUUACGCUUGUUUUUCAGCAUUCACACUUCAUUUUCUCUCUUAUCUCUCCUUGCUUCUCCUGUUUGCACCUUUAUUUCUAGAGAAUGCUAAUUCUGAGGAUUCUGGAGGGUGUGAGUCAGUAUGCUUGUGUGUGGGGGGGUGUGUGCGCGCGUGUGCAUUUGUGCAUGUGCAGAACAAUGUGUAUGAGCUGUGAGAUGCAUGUCAGCACCUUACAAGAACACUUCUAAUUGAAGAGAAAUUCCAGAAAUAAGUAAAAUGAGAAGGACCGCCAGAAAGACUGCAAUACAAGUUGCAGACCUCUGGUGUAAAAUUCGCCACAUGGUUUUUGCAUUUUCCUUUUUUUACUCCCUUGUUAGCUUUUUGUCAGCAUUCAGGCACACCAUCACACAAGCUUCUGCUGAGCAUGUUUUUUUUUUUGCAUACAUUUGUGAAUGAAUUUCAGUGAUCCCUAAACAUCAAAUUCAUAACUGUGUGAUGUAAUGCUGCACACUCCUUAAAUAUGGUUACAAUAAGCACAGAGAAAGGAGGGCGCUAAAUUAAAUAUUAAUCAGAUUAGAGCAGGUGGACCAUCCAAGAUGUCUGUGCAAUCAAGGCAGACAAAAAAGGCCUAGAAGUACAACACAAUGAGGAUAUAUCAGUCCUUUUGAGGCUUGCUUAGAUGUUUUUUUUUUUUCUGAGUAGUAUUUCAAUGUAUAGCCUGAUACCGACAUUCAUGAGAUUAGGUAUACAUGUGUCCAUCAGAGAAGGUAGGUCUGACACACAAAAACAAAGAAUUAUAGAAUAACACCUUAUUUCUCCAUUAUUGUUUACUGCCAUAUCAAUUUUUUGUCCUAUUCUGAGUUCUGUGAGAGUGAUGGGGGGAGCUUUGCACUUUUGUCUACAAGCUCAUAUGUGGAAGACCUUAUAGACUGCUGCUGUAGCUAACUGAGACUGAAAAGCCUGAAAGCAGGCCAAAGUCUGAUGCUGCACAGUGCUUUGUAACAUAUGGAAAUGUCCUUAGCAUUGCCUGACUAGCAUACUGGAGAUCCUGUAUGCUGGACAACAACAAGUUGGAUUCAGUUCAUACUGGAUUCAAUCUUAGAGGCACAGAAAACCAUCAAGACAUAAAUAAAAGACUUUUACAUGGAAAAACAACUGUGAAUAAUGAUUCAGAGUUUCACUUGUUGGACCCCUGUACCCACGUGAUCACUAUUUGUGGUAGGAAACAUGGCUAACCUUAAAGAAGCAUACCAGAAUGGAAGUGGACAAGAGGUGUAAACAAGAAAAAACCUGACGUUUGCCUUUAAUUCUCUCAGUUUUUGUAUGCUGAACCACUAGAGGGUGACAUUGUGAACAUUGGAGACUUUCUUCUCCUGUUGAAUCUCCAGGUUCUCAGAAAGCAUAUGCUAAGAAAAGAUAUUAUACAGCGAAGAGGACUUAACUGUACAUUUUUCAGUGUAAGAAAAAAAACAACAAAAAUAUUUGUAAAUAUUCUGUUUCUUGUUUGUUCGUUGGUUUGUUUUAUGAGUGAAUGAAAUACUUACUUUGUGAACAGGACAACAGGUACAAGUGUUAAUUCAGCCACUGCAGACAUCAUCAUAUAAAUCUCUCUUUCUGCACUAUAUUCAGUUUAAGGAAUUAACGACCAACUGCAAUCUUACAGGAAGGUUGUUUGCUCUUCAGAGUGAAUAUUCAUCUAUCUGACAUUUUUACACUUGCACUACUAUAAUUAAUCAGCUAUCAAACCCCUAACAUGAAACUUAUUCUGAUUGUUCAUUCAGUAAUUUGUAGUCACUCUAUUUUCAGAUGAUGAGUCACUGUGUGUAAUGGAGGCUGGUAUGAAGUCCUCUGCUCCUUGGGCUUCCUAUAUUAGCAUUUGAACUAAAGAGCAGUAUGGGGAAUGUGUAAGAUUGCCUCCACUUCAUUAAGAAAGAAAAUGCAUCUUACCUCUGCUUAAGUAAGCACUGGGUUUUAUUUUGUUCAUUUCAUUUUUGAGACAUUUACAAAAUGAGAAGCUUUUCUGCUUUCAUUUUUAAAUGCACCUACUGGCAUCUGACCACAUUUAUGACUACCAUUUGGUAAACCUACCAGCCUUGUGGUUUAAAUAAUGAAAAAACAAAAGAAGCACAUGAAAUCCCCUUGGGAGAAACUCGUUUCAAUGAUAAGAUCUGCUGUGCACCAGACCUGUCCCUGUUGUCUUGUUCUUACUUUCUUUGUUGAAAAUCAGAAACCCGAUAAGAUGAAGAAAGUGUGUUAAUAAUGGACUUAAAAUAGAUGAUUAUUAAAAAAAGAAAAUAUAUAAAUAAGGAGAUGAUAUUUCUGUUUGAUUUAGAAAUUAUUACACACUGUAUGCUGUGACUCUGAUCUGGGAAACAUUAAAUACAUUCAUAGCCCUUAA